UAUUUCAAGAACAACCAUGACAUUUUAUAACACGUCUCUGAUACGAGUGAUAUUUACAGACGUCGAUCUUUUUCGUCAGACGUUCUUUUGCCAUAUCCAAACUCGUUGUUCACUGAGUUUUACUCAAACAUGGCAACCUUAUAAUUCUCUUCCGGGGGACCAAUCAACAAUCGUAAAGUGUGUGUUUGUUUUUAGGAGGAGGUCAUUGGAAAGUGAGAUUGCACGGUCUGUUGUCGGGUCUGUCUGUCGUGGGGGGCAGCACUGAGUGUGUCAGAAUUUCUGAUACCGGGUAGUAUUCUUCUAUCCUAACCGCGUGACAUAUGCGCAUCUAAACCAAAAUGCUGCGUCUGCUUGUACGGUUAAGGCCAUCUGCCAGCUUCUCACGGCACUGUGUCCUCUCAGUCUCGGGGCGCUCUCGGACAUCACCGGUAACAUUAUCGUGCCAUCCGAAGGGGCUCCACUCUGGUGGAUUAUAUCGUUUUUAUCAUGUUUAUUAUGGGGUCACCAGCAAAUCAUCACUGUGGGACCAAAGUACCAGUUUCCGACUCAACAAACGAUUCUACAGUUUACCUCCACAUCAGAAGGUGGAGCUACCAGCUUUGUCCCCAACUAUGCAGAUGGGCACCAUUGCCCGAUGGGAAAAAAAGGAGGGUGAUAAAAUAAAUGAAGGGGACCUGAUAGCCGAGGUGGAAACCGAUAAGGCAACGGUUGGAUUUGAGAUGCUGGAGGAGUGUUAUCUGGCCAAAAUCCUGGUGCCAGAGGGAACGAGAGAUGUGCCCCUUGGGGCGGUCAUCUGCAUCACUGUGGACAGUGCUGACCACAUCCCUGCCUUCAAAGACUUCUCUCGGGACAAGCUAUCAGCUGCAGCUCCCCCCUCGGUACCACCUCCUCCACCUCCUCCUCCCACCUCCUCUGCUCCUCCACAGGCUCCCGGGAGCUCCUACCCGGCCCAUAUGAAGGUAACCCUUCCAGCCCUCUCUCCCACCAUGACCAUGGGCACCGUCCAGCGCUGGGAGAAGAAGGUUGGCGAAAAACUGAGUGAGGGAGAUUUGCUGGCAGAGAUUGAGACAGACAAGGCAACUAUUGGUUUCGAAGUUCAAGAAGAGGGCUACCUGGCCAAGAUUAUGAUUGCAGAAGGAACUAGGGAUGUUCCCCUAGGAACGCCACUCUGCAUCAUUGUGGAGAAUGAAAGUGACAUCAAGGCAUUUGCAGACUACGUAGAGACAGGAAUCGCUGCAGCUCCUCCUCCUCCACCACCGGCGCCCGCUCCUCAGCUCGCCCCACCAGCUCCAGCACCUGCGGCCGCCACCGCUGCUCCCCCUGCCACGCCUCGGACAGGCUGGGUGUUUGCCAGUCCACUGGCCAGGAAACUGGCUCAAGAGAAGGGCAUUGACCUGGCACAGGUGUCUGGUUCAGGCCCAGAUGGCAGAGUAACCAGGAAAGACAUCGAAAGCUUCGUUCCAGCCAAAGCUGCGCCUCCUCCACCUGCUGCCACUCCCGUGGUGGCUCCUGCUGCCCCCACUGCUGCCCGCUCUGCCCCAGCUGUGGCGGCCGUGCCCACGGGCACCUUCACCGACAUCCCCAUCAGCAACAUGCGCAAGGUUAUUGCCCAGAGAUUGAUGCAGUCUAAGCAGACCAUCCCACACUAUUACCUGUCGGUGGAUGUUAACAUGGACCAAAUUUUGGAACUAAGGAAAGAACUCAAUAUGGAGCUGAAACUGGAGAACCUCAAGCUGUCUGUGAAUGAUUUUAUAAUCAAGGCUUCGGCUUUGGCCUGUCUGAAGGUGCCUGAGGCUAACUCCUCGUGGAUGGACACGGUCAUUCGCCAGAACCACGUUGUGGACGUCAGCGUGGCAGUAAGCACUCCUAAUGGCCUGAUCACUCCCAUCGUCUUCAAUGCCCAUAUUAAAGGCCUGGCAUCCAUCAGCAAGGACGUGGCCUCCCUGGCAGCCAAAGCACGUGAGGGAAAACUGCAACCUCAUGAAUUCCAGGGCGGCACCUUCACCAUCUCCAAUCUGGGCAUGUUUGGAAUCAAAAACUUCUCAGCCAUCAUCAACCCUCCCCAAGCCUGUAUUCUUGCUGUGGGAGGGUCGGAAAAGAGACUACUGCCAGCAGACAACGAGAAAGGGUUUGAUGUAGCCAGCAUGAUGUCUGUGACGCUGAGCUGUGACCAUCGGGUGGUGGAUGGGGCAGUGGGUGCCCAGUGGCUGGCAGAGUUCCGUAAAUUCCUUGAGAAGCCCGUCACCAUGCUCCUGUGAACAGUGGAUGCCGGGACUCGCUUCUGGAAAAACACCAAGGACACUUGAGACUUGAAGAGACCUUAUAAAUAUAGGGUUUCACUCUUAUUGUUUAGAAAAUAACUGUAACGACCUCACUUCACCUCUAUUUUCCCUUUUUUGCAAACUGAUAUAUUCAUUUAUUGUGUAUAUUUAUUAAGUGUUUAUUUUCUCAGAGCCAGAAAAUCAUCAAACAUCAAAACUUACAUGUUAGAGUGGAAAUCCAUUUAAUGAAUUACGAGAAUCAGCUGAUGAAACUGGUAUAGCUACAGUAUAUUUUUGUCUCGUUUAACAGAAUACUUGUUACAAGAAACUCCAGUCUGUACAUUUCCUCAGCAGCUAUCAUUUUAGGUAGAGGGGUAAGUUUUUGUUACUUUGCACAUGCCAUGACACUUCCAUAUUUUGACACAUAUUAUUGUUUAAUGGUUACAUAUAGCAUGCAUUUGUCCCACUGUUAUUCCAUUACUACACAUGUGGGGCAACAGAGAGCAGUGGCUCUACUCUACUGUAGCUCUUGGCUUAUAUGGGCAGCCACAGAAAGAGUCCACAUUUGAAAUGCGAUUGCAAUGUCAAUGUUGAUUAAUUUCAUACAACAUUUUCUACUCCAGUCAGAGCACAAGGUGCCUUGCUCCUUUCUCUGUCAAUUGCGAUGUUUUCUUUUUUAUGUUAUUUUAUUUUAUCUUCAUGUUGAAACGCACAACAAGCAGAACAUUGUGAACUGCAGUCAAAUACACUUAACAAUUAUAAAAUAUGUAGGUCAAAGUGUAAUGUACAUAUUUUGAAUAUGAAAUUUAGAGUGAAAGAAAUAUAUAAAGUUGCAAGCUUUGCUUAAGGGAACAAACAUAAUAUUCCAGCUGAGAACUUAAUGGGAGGAACAUACAUGGCAAAGAAAUUGUGGUCAUAUGUAUUAUUUUUCCAAAAAAUACAUCGGAAAGUUUAUGAGAAAUAAUAAAAGUGUGGAUUAUUAACUGCAA